AUGCUGGUGCUGGUGGGACUGGUGCUGUGCCUCGUGCCUGCGGAACCCCUGACCACCUUCCCCCCGAAGUUCCAGGUGGGGAAGCUGAACCAGGACKUGGUGCUGCGAUGUGACACCUCGGAGCAGCACAUUCACUGGACACUGAACGGGGACCGGGAGCCCAUGGCUGAAUUGGUGCCCAAGGGCCACAACCUCACCAUCCUCGGCUUGGACCUGCCGGCCACGGGAAAUUACAGCUGCUGGGCCGGCUCCGUCCUGCUGGACACCACCUAYGUGGUGGUCAGCGGCACCCGUGAGGAGGAAAUCAACGUGUCCUGCCAGGCUGAGUCCUACAACGGCUCCUUCCACUGCUCCUGGCCCGGGCCCCCCUCUGCCGUCUUCCACGCCCGUCUCACACGCAGCGACGGCUCCAUGGGGCCGUGGGUGCCGGUGGCCAGAGCCCACGGCCGGUUCAACGCCAGCCUGGCUGACCCCUCGUUCUGCCCCUUCGGAGAGGAGCUGCGCCCGCUCCAGCUGCACCUGGAGGGGCUCUCGGACACCUCCUACCUCAACCUCUCCAGGCACUUCUUCCUGCGUGACAUUGUUCGUCCUGAGCCGCCCCAAGAGCUGACCCUGCAGCAGCGAGGGGAGCAGCUCCACCUGGCCUGGGCUCCCCCGGCCUCCUGGCCCCUCCCCAAAUCCUACUUUGCGCUGCUCUACCAUCUGCAGUACGAGCUCCACAACGGCACCCAGGUUGAGCGRUUUGUGGAGGGCGCAGAGGAGACUCCGGUGCAGGCGGGCGCGCGGCGGGUGCGGAUCAGCUGCCGGGACCCCUACACCCCCCCGGCCUGGAGCCCCUGGAGCCCCUGGAUGGCUCUCAAUGCACCCCAAUAA